UCCUUCCGAUUGGUCGGCGCCGGAAGGCCGCGGCCAGGGUCUGGGGGCCCGUGCGGGCGCGGCACUCAUCCUCAGCAGCCGGGCCGCGCGCUCUCAGCUCUUCGCUUCCGUCCGCUCCUACCCGGUCUGCCGCCGCCGCCGCCGCCGCCAUGGCCCAAGCUGACAUUGCACUGAUUGGACUGGCUGUCAUGGGCCAGAACUUAAUUUUGAACAUGAAUGACCAUGGCUUUGUGGUUUGUGCUUUCAAUAGGACAGUCUCCAAAGUUGAUGAUUUCUUGGCCAAUGAGGCAAAGGGAACCAAAGUGGUUGGUGCUCACUCCUUGGAGGAGAUGGUCUCCAAGCUGAAGAAGCCACGACGGAUCAUAUUGCUCGUGAAGGCUGGUCAAGCUGUUGAUGAUUUCAUUGACAAAUUGGUACCAUUGUUGGACACUGGCGACAUCAUCAUCGAUGGAGGAAAUUCUGAAUACAGGGACACCACAAGACGAUGUCGUGACCUCAAGGCCAAGGGCAUCCUGUUUGUGGGGAGCGGAGUCAGUGGUGGAGAGGAGGGGGCCCGGUAUGGCCCCUCACUUAUGCCAGGAGGGGACAAACAAGCCUGGCCCCACAUCAAGACAAUCUUCCAAGGCAUCGCUGCGAAAGUCGGGACGGGAGAACCCUGCUGUGACUGGGUUGGGGAUGAAGGAGCAGGACACUUUGUGAAGAUGGUGCACAAUGGGAUCGAGUACGGGGAUAUGCAGCUCAUCUGUGAGGCUUACCACCUGAUGAAGGAUGUGCUGGGCAUGGGGCAUGACGAGAUGGCAAAGGCGUUUGAGGAAUGGAAUAAGACAGAGCUCGACUCAUUCCUCAUUGAAAUCACGGCCAAUAUUCUCAAGUUCCAAGACAGCGACGGCAAACACCUGCUGCCGAAGAUCAGGGACAGCGCGGGGCAGAAGGGCACAGGGAAGUGGACUGCCAUCUCAGCCCUGGAGUACGGCGUUCCCGUCACCCUCAUCGGAGAAGCAGUUUUUGCUCGAUGCUUAUCAUCUCUGAAGGACGAGAGGAUUCAGGCUAGUAAAAAGCUGAAGGGUCCCCAAAAGAUCCAGUUUGAAGGUGAUAAGAAAGCAUUCCUGGAGGAUAUUCGGAAGGCCCUCUAUGCUUCCAAGAUCAUCUCGUAUGCGCAAGGCUUUAUGCUGCUAAGACAGGCGGCCACGGAAUUUGGCUGGACCCUCAACUAUGGUGGCAUCGCCCUGAUGUGGAGAGGUGGCUGCAUCAUCAGGAGCGUGUUCCUAGGAAAGAUAAAGGAUGCAUUUGAUCGGAACCCACAACUUCAGAAUCUGCUACUAGAUGACUUUUUUAAGUCAGCUGUUGAAAACUGCCAGGGCUCGUGGCGGCGGGCAGUGAGCACCGGGGUCCAGGCGGGCAUCCCCAUGCCCUGCUUCACCACGGCCCUGUCCUUCUAUGACGGGUACAGACAUGAGAUGCUACCGGCCAACCUCAUCCAGGUACCGUCCUUAUCCCCAGUUUACAAACGAGGCACAAGGAUGUGAAGGAACUUGUCUGAGGUCACACAGCCCUGAAACACUGCGGCCGGAACCACGGCAACCUGGCGCCCGAGCCCGUGCCCUCAACCACCGCGCCACCUUCCUGCUCCGAGUGCACAGCUCACUCCACCCGGCCACGGCCGCUCACCGUGCACCCACCACGUGCCAAGCUCACCCCUCCACCCGGCCACGGCCCGCUCACCGUGCACCCACCACGUGCCAAGCUCACCCCUCCACCCGGCCACGGCCCGCUCACCGUGCACCUACCACGUGCCAAGCUCACCCCUCCACCCGGCCACGGCCGCUCACCGUGCACCCACCACGUGCCAAGCUCACCCCUCCACCCGGCCACAGCUGCUCACCAUGCACCUACCACGUGCCAAGCUCACUCCACCCGGCCACGGCCCGCUCACCGUGCACCGACCACGUGCCAAGCGCCGUGCGGGCGACCAUGCGUCAGCGUCCGCGGGAGAGCAGAUGGAAAGUCCUGACCUCAGGCGCUCACCGAAUCCACAUGACAACCAAAGGAGAUUGAUUUUUUGGAAUCAGCAUUUUAUGGGGUAAUUUGAGAGGAAAUAAAAGAUGACUGUUAUUGAAUUAAGUAUUCAUGGAACCCUAUUUAAUGCAGCUGAAAAGGAUCCAGGAAGGCCGCAGAUGUCCCUGCCUUUCUUACAGCGAGGGCUCGGGCUCAGAAGCCAGGCUGCUCUGGGCUCCACCACUUCCUAGCACGUUAACCUCGGGCAAAGUUCUCUCACCUCUGUGACCCUGUUCCCUCACUUAUCAAACGGGAUCCCAGUACCUACCUGUGAGGGCUCCGAGAACCGCCCAGGAGCUGGCAAGCCCUGGGGAAGGGUUCGAUCACCGCCGUAGGGCUGGCCUUGUUGCACAACGUGGCACAAGGCUGACAUCUAGUGGCCACUUAUCGUGGCUGGUUCCUUACUGGGCAAAAUCGCUCCAUCCAAAUAGACCCAUUUUCUGUGACGUGACACCUCAGCUCUGGACCUUCCUCUAUCAGACUCUGAAAUGCGUGCAUAUUCCACAGACCACUAGAAGAACGUUCUUUUGCCCUGGGAAGCAAUUUAUACAUAUAUAUGUGUAUAUAUAUAUAUAUAUGAGGGAGGGAGAGAGAGAAUCCCAAGCAGACUCCACACACAGCGCGGAGCCCAACUCGGGUCUCAAUCUCAUGAUCCUGAGAUCACGACCUGAGCCAAAAUCAAGAGUCGGACGCCUAACUGACUGAGCCACCCAGGCGUCCUGGGAAGCAGCUGCUUUAAAAUGAGGUAACAUGCAAGGUACAAAGCACAAAAACUGCCCAGGAGAAAACCAUGACUAUUUUUUGAGCACUUAGGUGCAAUCUCGGCCUCACAACCACUGUCUAUGUUGGUACUAGGGUCCCCACUUAAUAAAUGCAGAAACUGGGGCUUGGAGAGGUCCUGCGGCUCGCCCUGGGUCACAAAGCUUGUGAUGGGGCUAGGCUCCGAACCUGAGGUCUGGGCCUAGGGCUGGAGCUCCCCACCUGCUCUCCGCCCAUUCCACACCCCCUGGUCCCCUUCUUUCCUGCUGGAGACCGGAGAGUGGCAGCAUGGGGAGCAGGGCGGCUACUGACGGGCAGAACUGGGCCUGCUAAGGCAGAGGCUGCAGAUCAGGGACAUCCCGUGAGAGGCCUGCCCUGCAUGGCAUUGGGGACCAUCCCAGGAGACUGGACACUGGGAUUCUCUCAGGGAGCAAUGGGGAGAGGAGGCCAGAGGCACAUGUUAUCUCGGAUGCAAUGGAAAUUGAUCAGAAGGCCGAUUCCUCCAAAAAGAGGUUCUCUGGGUCUCAGCCAUCGGCACGCUUGUGGGGUUUGGGGCACUUCUGUGGAAGAGGAAGAUCAAGAGUGGCUUAUGGGAAAGACAAACAUACUUGUUAAGAAAUGCAGAAUACAGGAAUAUAUAAAGCGAAAA